CAUGAGGAACUCAGGGUCAAAAGUGUACUGUAUCUAAACUUUAGAUGCCAAGUAGCAUUUCAAAUAAUCACAGGGGCAUGUUGCCCUAAAAGAUUCAUCGUCGUCCAGGAAAUCAAAUUCAGUGGCGAAGCACCGGUGCCCCUAGGGAAGGUUUUCUCAGUCGCAACGAUGUCAUCAUCUGGUCGAUCGGCGGCCGUGGCGGCCGGCGAUUUACAGGUGGUCCCUGCGUCGGAGAGGCAGGUGGCUGCCCUACCUCCUCGCCCUCCAGCGUCUUCAUCCACCGCUCUUGUAGAAUACACGCCACCUGCAGCUAAUCCUGAAGAGGAGGAUCUCGAGAUCAAGCUCCGUCGUAUACUUGAAUGUGUGCCUGUGCGGGUUAGCAAUACAUCUGGUAGUUCUGCUGGUUCUGGCUCUGGUGACUUUCAUCAGUAUCGGCAGAUGAGACGGAGAGAACAAGACCGACUUGCAAGGAUGGACGCAGAUUACCAAAAAAGGAAAGAAGUUGCUGAAUUCAACUUGAGAAGGGAAGAAAAAUUAAAAGCUGCGGAAGAGCGGACAGCGAAGAAACGUGCAAAGCGGCAGAAGAAAAAGCAGAGGAAGAAAGAAAAGAAGAGUAAUUCUAGUGCAGGUGGAGAAGAAAGCCGCAGGGAAGAGUCGUCUGAUGAUGAUUCUGACAACAACUAAGAAGGGAGAGAUGGUUGACUUCAAAUUUAGUGUGCACCGCCUAGAUGCUUUGAUCGGGAGCUUACAUGAGCUAUAUAGUUCGAAACUUGUGAUCAUGUAACAUAAUUUGUGAACAGUUUUUCAACAUCCAAUAUGUAAUACUCCUGUAUUUUGUCUUUUGUUUCGUUUAGUUGAAAAAAACUAUCAUCUAGAAUCUGGGGGGCUUAAAACUUUGAUUCGUGAAAUCUAGAUGGUCCUGGGACGGGCAAUCUUGGCUGCUAAAGCUCUGGUACCAUUGUCAAUAUAGUAAGGCGCUGUCCAGCUAGUUGUUA